AUGCAGAGUGAUGUCUUAAACGAUCAACAACAAUUAUCGAAUGAUAUUGAUUGUUCAUCUUCAUUAUCAACAACACUGAUUUAUUCCGGUUUAAAAUUGCAGCCAAAACCACUUCUACCUACGAUAUCAAUGUCGAGUAUGGCAAGUCCAGUAUCAAUUGUUAAAAAAUUAUCUCUUCCUGAUACUCAUCCAGAUCAUUUAAAUAAAAGUCUUGCAUCAGCUAUAAGACAUUCACCAACACCUACAACUCCAUCAUCAAUUCGUUUAGUGACACCAACAACAGGUAAAUUAUCACCACCAACAACAUUACAAUUUCAAUUUGUUGAUAAAUCAUCAUCAUCAACUACAACAACAAAUGGAGGAUUUUCAACAUCAAAAACUUAUAUAUUUAAUCCUCAACAAACAAAUUCAGCAGGAACACCAUCAUCAUCAUCAUCAUCAUUAGUUACAUUAAUUCCACCAGGCACAACAUCACCAAAAAUUCAAACAUUAAUAUCAUCAACAAAUGAUAUAUCAACCAAUAAUGAUCAUAAUAAUAUAAAACAAUCAUCUUUUUUAUCAAAAAAUCGUCUAACACUUGUUCAACCAAUAAUAACAAAUUCAUCAUCAACAUCAACAUCAUCAACAAAUUCUGUUACACCUAAAUUAGUUAUUCAACAAAAUUCAACAUCAAAUAUUUGGUCCCAACAAACUACAACAAAAAUUCUUUCAGCUAAAAUGCUUUCACGUCCGGUUCAUUUAAUAUCUUCCAAUGAACAUUCAAAUUUAUCAUCACCAACAUCGAAUGAUAAUCCUAUAUUUACAACAAAAAAUUUAGAUUCUGGACAUCAAGCUGUUAUUCAUAUGUCAUUAUUACAACCAACAUCAAGUAGUGAAUCAAUAAAUUCUGUACAACUGACAAAUUUUUAUUCAACACCAUCAUCAGUUCGAAUAUCAACAACAACACAACGUUCAAUGGAUCAUAAUAAUAAUCAUUCAGUAACAACACCAAUUAUUCGUGAAAUACAAACUGAUGAAAAACUUCCUGAUUCAACUAUUAUUAAGAAUAUUCAUCAUAAUAAAAAUUCUAUUAAAAAUCGUACACGUCUUCCAUUACAACCAUCAACACAACAAAUAUCAUCAAUAUUACCACCAACAAAAAAACAUAAAUUACCUGAAGAUGAACAAGUUUCUCUAUCAGAACCACCAAAUAAAAUUGCACAUUAUGAACAGUUUGAUGCAUCUUCGAAUGGGAAAAAGAUUCGUAAAUGUCGUCAUAAACCAUUAUCAAAAAUUUCAUUAGAAAAUACAACACCAAAUCCUGCUCCAUCUCUACCUUUAGCAUCAUCCAUUGGUGUUGAUCCAAAUGAAAGAAUAAUAUCAAAAAAACGUUCAUCAGCUGAAAUAGCUACAGCAGCAAUACUUUCAAGUAAUUAUAUGCGAAAAAAACGAAUACAAAGAAAGAAUUCUGAUGAAACUAUAUCCAAUAAUAUAAAUAAUAAUAAUAUUAAACAUGAAUCAAUAUCAAUAAAUGAUUCAUCAAAUGAAAUUAUUAAUGAUGAAUUACUUAAACGACUUGCACAAGAUUUUGUUUAUGUUAGUAAACAAACAGGCAUUCGUUGGAUUGGCACAAAAACUCGUUCAAAACCAAUGAAUACACUUUUAUCACGUGUUUCAUGGAAACCAAAAAUAAAUCAUUAUGAGAAAUAUUCUGAUAUUAUCCGAAUGAAUCCUAAACGAACUGUACCUAUUAAAAGUCUUGAUACAAUACGAAGAAAAUUAACACAACCAUGGUCAUCAUGGCGUAUUGAUCGAUUGACAACAUAUCUAACUGAUCUGACAGAGGAUGAACAAACGUCGCAAAAUAAUUUGUCUGAUAUAUCUCUAUUAUUAGAUGAACUUAAUAUAAAUGAUCAAUCAACACGAAAUACAAUUGAAGAUUUAAUUGAAGGUAACAUUCAACGACAUCGAUAUUUUUGCGAACAAUUAACACAAAUAUCAACAUUACUUGUUAAUCUACUUGACCAUGGAAAUACUUUACGAGAAAUAUGUUCCACUUCAAAAAUGUCAACAACAACACCAAUAUCAAAUGUAUCUUCAACAACAACAAGAAGAACUAAAGAACGAUAG